UGUUUGGUGCUUAUUCCAUCUGAACAUUUCUCUUCAUUAUGGGGAUCUUAGUGCGUCUUUUGAUUCUGAGCAGCGUAGCAGCUCUUACGUCAUCAGUUUUUCUGCGCGUGAUGCCAAGGUCACAAUCAAGUAGGAUAUUUUCCAGAAGAUCAAGACCACAGUUCAGCUUUGGAGCUUUUUCAUCGAUAUCUGAUGCAGACACCGUGAACCUUGGAGGAAGAUCUCUGGGACUCCAGAACGGAUUUGGAUCAUCCGGUAGAGGGUAUUUAAUGUUAAAUGGUGACACACCCGAUGCUUUCAAUCCAUAUGAUUUGGGGGAUGCACCAGAUAUUUAUCCAAUCAUUAGCGGAUCAAGCUUAAAUUCCAGAGGUCUAGGCGGUUAUCAGCUUAUGUAUGGUAAGAUUCCUAUUAAAUAG